CUGUACUUGAGAAGACUGAGGAAGAAGAAGCAAAGGGCGGCCUUCACCGAUACAGCACAUCCAGGCAAGUUAAUUUAGCUAUAACGAGAAAUCACUUUCCCUCCUUUCAGAUAACCGACGCGAGGUUUGUCUGGAAUAAAGAUAUAUUCAUGUGCUGGCUGAGGAGUGGAUAUUAAAACAGGCAAACAUGUCCAGAGCAUGUCAGGACAGAAGAAGUCGCUGGCAGGAGAUUCAGAAAGGCCUGCAGUUCAUCCAAUCAACCCUUCCGUUUCCUGGAAGUCAAGAUAAGUAUGAGGUGUUCAUUAAGGAUCUCGUGUGGAAUCUUUUUGGAGAAGGAAAUGACGUGUUUAAAGAAGGGGACUGGACAAAAUCCAUUGAGAUGUACACCGAAGCCUUGAGUAUAGCAGAGUAUGCUGACUCGGAAGAAAUCUGUAUUCCAACAGGUUUACUGGAAAAGCUGUAUGCUAAUCGGGCCGCUGCGUAUUUAAACAUUGUUCCGGGACUGUAUGACCAAGCAUUAGAAGACUGUGAAAAGGCUCUCCAGUUGAAUGAAGGGAACUACAGAGCACUGUACAGGAAAGCAAAAUCUUUAAAGGAGUUGGGGAGACAUCAAGAGGCCUACGAGGCUGUUGCCAAAUGUUCUCUAGCAGUGCCUCAGGAUUCCAGUGUCACACAGCUGACUCAGGACCUUGCCAAAAUUUUGGGAUUGAAAAUCCGUAAAGCCUAUGUAAGGAGUAAGCCUGCCUUGAAUGUUUUGCGAGGAUCAAGUUAUCAAGAUGCUCCAUGUGACAAAUUUUCCCAUGGCUCUUCAGUUGAAGAUAUAGAAAUUGAAGCGCCUCAGCUGUCUCAGGAUAGCAGUGUUGCGGCUCCAGUUGCAGCUCCAGUGGCAGCGCACCCGUCUCUAAAUGAAGCAGUGAAUGAUGAACUUCCUCUCAACAACAGCAUCUCAUCUGUGACCCCGUCUGAGCCACCGGGCUUCGAGUCCGUCUCCCUCCCUGUUUCUGUACCCUCGUCAGUCCCUCUUCCGGUACCCACAUUUGUUAAUGGGUGUAGAACCGGUAAGCCUUGCCCGAUGCUUGACACCAGUCAAGAUUUCGACGCAGACAUCAUUGGGGACGACCUAGAUGAUCUACUGGACCAAGCUGGCCCCGAAUCAGCCAUGGUUAUACCCACAGUGAGGGGUCCUCUUCCUUUGCCAACCAGUAUUGCCUCAGGCAGUCCCAUGUCGAAUCCAUUCCUGAUGCCAUCUCACAUCAACCCAUUUCUCCACAGUAGUUCCCAGCAGUGCACCGUAACGCUGCCCCCGCUGUAUCACAAGUCAGGGUCCAGUGCAUAUUUUGGGAUGGACACUUUUGACCCCCUCCCACCACCGCUCGACUCCCUGGAUAGUCUCACCAUAACAGACUUUAAAACAGAUUAUGUUCCGAGUUCAUUCAUUUCACAGCUGAACAGUAAUGAAACCCCAAUGGGAAUGGCUGUGGGUAUGCCUGAAGUGAAGGGCUUUCCUCCUGCCGUGGAUUUAGCAAAGAAUCCCUUAGCUGAAACACAUGAAUUCAAACAAGCGUGCUCAAUCUGCUACGUCAAAACUGGACCCGGUGUGUUGGAUUACACACUUCAUACAGAAGAGCAUAAAUGCAAAAAAGAUGCUUUACUUGGCAGAAUCAAACACUUGCCAGACAAAACGUGGAAGCUCAUUCGGCCCAGACCAACAAAAACCCAAUACGUUGGACCUUAUUACAUUUGCAAAGAGGUGGCUGUUGGGAAAGAGUGCCUGUACCCCGGUCACUGCACAUUUGCAUACUGCCAGGAAGAGAUUGAUGUCUGGACUCUGGAGCGAAAAGGGUUUAUCUCCAGAGAACUACUCUUCGAUCCUUAUGGGCCCAACUCCAACGUCAGGUUGACUGUGCCUAAGAUCUUACAGGAGCAUCAUGGGAUAUUCAUGUUUCUUUGUGGAGUGUGCUUUGACCACAAACCCAGAAUAAUCAGCAAAACCAACAAAGAUGAUCCCUCACUUUGCUCUCAUCCAGUGACAAAGCACGACUUUGAGGAUCAUAAGUGCCUGGUCCACAUUUUGAAGGAGAAUACAGUACGUUAUUCCAAAAUCAGACCCUUGAGUCCUCAGUGCCAGCUGGAUCUGUGUCGCCAUGAAGUCCGCUACGGCUGUGUGAGAGAGGACGACUGCUUCUACGCCCACAGCCUCAUCGAGCUGAAGGUCUGGAUGAUGCAACACGAGCUCGGUAUCACGCACGAAAGCAUCGUCCAAGAGGCAAAGAAGUUUUGGAGUGCACAUGCUUCAUUGCAGGGAGCCCAGCAGCUUUCCACUGCACAGAGGAGGUUUGGGCCUCCAAAUCUGAAGAUGAUGUUUGUUUGUGGCCAGUGCUGGAGGAAUGGCCAGCUAACCGAAGCAGACAAAAACAAGAAGUAUUGCACAGCCAAGGCGAGACACACGUGGGCAAAAGACAGGCGGGUGGUGCUUGUAAGUUCCCACGAAAGGAAAAAGUGGACAACAGUUAGACCACUUCCAACCAAAAAACCCAUCCCAUCUCAAUUUGAGAUCUGCAUGCAUGUGACAGCUGGCAAGAAGUGUCAGUACAUUGGGAAUUGCACGUUUGCUCACAGCAUAGAAGAAAGGGACCUUUGGACCUACAUGAAGGAAAACAACAUUCCAGAUAUGGAUCAGCUUUAUGAGCAAUGGCUGCAGUCUCAGAGGCCUGGCUGGGGUGAAGAGACCUCCAAUAACUCUGUUAGGGAGAAUGGCAAACAGAUCCACAUGCCAACAGACUAUGCUGAAGAAGUGGCUGGCAAUCACUGUUGGCUGUGUGGUAAAAACUGCAACAGUGAGAAGCAGUGGCAGCAGCAUAUCACCUCAGAAAAGCACAAAGACAGAGUUUUCAACUCUGAGGAUGAUCAGAACUGCUGGCAGUAUCGAUUUCCCACAGGAACUUUCAAAGUUUGUGAGAGGUACCUCAAAGGCACAUGCACAGAGGAUGAGUUGUGUAAGCUGGCACACGGGGAGCAGGAACUAAAAGAGUGGAUGGAGCGCAGGGAAUUCCUUUUGAUGAAACUUGCUAAAGCCAGAAAAGACCAUCUUAUAGCACCAAAUGACAAUGACUUUGGAAAAUACAGUUUUCUGCUUAAAGACAUUAUAUAAUGAUGUGAUGACAAUACUCAUGCUCACUUGCAAGUAACGCAGUAUUCAAACAGUCUUGAAUCAAAUGAUCCUUAAUGGGCCUCAGAGGUGCACAGGAAAUGGCUGAUCAGCAUGAUUUUAAAGAGGGCGUUCAGGACCGGCUCUCUGAUUGGUGGUAGGUUUACUCUGAUCUGAACUACAGUGUGUUGUCGUUAACAGCAAAUACUGAGUGAGACACUUGAAGCUUUGCCAUGCACCAUUCAGUAUCUGAAAAUGGUGAUUAGGGGGGAAAAAAGCAUCUGUAAACCUUGAUCAGACACGUUCAGAUACUUUGACCUAAAGUAACUUCUUUUCAUGAGCAGUUUGUAUUUGUCAGUCUUUACCAGUUAAUGUUUAAAGUAUGGAAUACCUAAAUUGAGAGUACAGUUGACAUUCUCACUUUCCAUUUCUCUAAUAGUGUUACCAGUGUAAAGGGCACCACACCAAAUAAAGCCUCUUUUUUAAUCUGUGUUUAAA